CCGGGAUCCUCCGGUGUGGAGGGUAGCAGGUGUUCCUCAUUUCUACUCAUCUGGAGGAGUAUAACAAGAAGGAGCUGUCAGCACUCCAACGCCUGAGUGUUUGCCUUUGUGGUGAAUUCUAGUCCAAGCCUCAAAGCUCCUGCAACUUUCCCCCCUGGCUCAAAGUCUCUGCUUUGAAUCCUGCCAAAGUCAAAGUUCCCAAGCUUCCAAGAAAUCUACCUUGAUCAAGUACUAGCUGACAGCUCAAAUUCUUCGUCCUCCAACAAGCGAACCCUGCCCACCCUCCACCUAUUUAAAUCUACAUCAAGCCUCCGGAAAUCUAACCAGACUCAGCAGCUGCCUCAACCGUUCUCCCUGGCUCCACAUCAUCCUCCCUCGUCUAAACCCAUCUGCAUCUCCAAUUAAAAUGGAAACCAUCUGAGCGGAUGUGGAUGUGAAUUUGCCAGCAUGGAGCAGAAAAGGAACAAAAGGACCAAACAGCUUGAACCUGGACCCAGCAAUGUAUCCCUAAGCAGUGAUUUUUCCAAGGACUGGGGUCCUAACUUUAGAUCAGAGCCACCUUCAUCCUCAGAGAGGUCACUUCAGGGACUGAAACGUAAACAUGAACCAGAAUUUGAACCUAGCUGUCAGUCGACAGAGACGUUUUAUUUUCCAUCCGUCCAAACCUCUCCUUCAAAGAGGAUGCACCAGGAAUUCAAUGCUGAACCAAAUUAUGAUCCCAGCUGUCUGUCCUUUGCAAGUGAUAUUUCCAAGGACAGAGCUCCUAACUUUAGAUCAGAGCAACCUUCAUCCGCAGAGAGAGUGGACCAGCAGAGCUCAAGGGUUCCCAGUGGCGAAUCUGCAAAGCACCAUGAACAACAGCUGGAGUAUACAUUUGAGCUGCUGGAGAAAGAGAUUGUCUCUUAUGUGAAGAGCGAGCUGAAGAGAAUCCAGAAAGUUCUUGGUCCAGACCACACAGAAUCUUUAGACAGUCAGUGGGAGGAGGAAGAGGUGCUGGGCAAUGAGGAUGAAGAGCAGAGGAGCAACCAAGAGGCACUUUUAAAGAUCACACUGAACUUCCUAAAGACAUUGAAAAAAAAAAAGCUGGCUGACCGUCUGCAGAACAAACUUUUUACUGCAGUUUCCCAACGUCAACUUAAAUCAUCUCUGAAGAAGAAGUUCCAGUGUGUGUUUGAGGGGGUUGUUAAAGCAGGAAACCCAAUUCUUCUGGAGCAGAUCUACACAGAGCUCUACAUCACAGAGGGAGGAAGUGGACACGUCAAUGAAGAACAUGAAGUCAGACUGAUUGAAGCAGCUUCCAGGAAACCACACAGACCAGAAACAACAAUCAGACAAGAAGACAUCUUUAAACUCCCACCUGGAAGAGAUCAACCAAUCAGAACCGUGAUGACCAAGGGAGUGGCCGGCAUCGGGAAAACACUCUUAACCCAGAAGUUUGUACUAGACUGGGCUGAAGAUAAGGUCAACCAGGACAUCCACUUCAUAUUUCCAUUCACAUUCAGAGAGUUGAAUCUGCUAAAAGAUCAAAAGUUCAGCUUGGUGGAACUUGUUCAUCACUUCUUUAGUGAAACAAAAAAAAUCUGCACAUUCGAAGACUUCCAGGUUCUGUUCAUCUUUGAUGGCCUGGAUGAGUGUCGACUUCCUCUGGACUUCACCAACGAGAAGAUCCUGACAGAUGUUACAGAGUCCACCUCAGGGGAAGUUCUGCUGACAAACAUCAUCAGGGGGAAUCUUCUUCCUUCUGCUCGCCUCUGGAUAACUACAAGACCUGCAGCAGCCAAUCAGAUCCCUCCUGAGUGUGUUGGCAUGGUAACAGAGGUCAGAGGGUUCACUGACCCACAGAAAGAGGAGUACUUCAGGAAGAGAUUUACAGAUGAGGAGCAGACCAGCAAGAUUAUCUCCCACAUCAAGUUAUCACGGAGCCUCCACAUUAUGUGCCACAUCCCAAUCUUCUGCUGGAUCACUGCUACGGUUCUGGAGGAUGUGCUGAAAACAAAACAGGGAGGACAUUUGCCAAACAGUCUCACUGAGAUGUACAUCCAGUACCUGGUAGUUCAUACCAAAGUAAAGACAGUAAAGUAUGAUGAGGGGAAAGAAACUGAUCCACUUUGGAGUCCAGAUAGCAAGAUGAUGAUUGAGUCUCUGGGAAAACUGGCUUUUGAGCAAUUGCAGAAAAGAAACCUGAUCUUCUAUGAAGCAGACCUUGCAGAGUGUGGCAUCGAUAUCAGAGCAGCUUCAGUGUACUCAGGAGUUUUCACACAGUUGUUCAAAGAGGAGAGAGGACUAUACCAGCACAAGGUGUUUUGCUUCGUCCAUCUGAGUGUUCAGGAGUUUCUGGCUGCUCUCUAUGUCCAUCUGACCUUCAUCAACUCCUGUCUUAAUGUGAUGGAAGAAAAACAAGUAACCUCUAAGAUUUCUUCAUUUUAUAAGAAACCAAAACUAAUAAAUCUCCAUCAGAGUGCCAUUAAAAAGACCUUAAAAGAUCCAAAUGGACAUCUGGACUUGUUCCUCCGCUUCCUCUUGGGUCUUUCAGUACAAACAAAUCAGAAUCUUCUACAGGGUUUGGUGACACAAACAGGAAGUAAUUUACAGAACAAUCAGGAAACAAUCCAGUACAUAAAGAAAAGUAUCGGAGAGAAUAUGUCUCCAGAGAAAAGCAUCAACCUGUUCCACUGUCUGAAUGAACUGAAUGAUCAUUCUCUAGUGGAGGAAAUCCAACAAUCUCUGAGUUCAGGGAGUCUAUCUACAGAGAAGUUAUCCCCUGCACAAUGGUCAGCUCUGGUCUUCAUCUUACUGUCAUCAGAAGAAGAUCUGGAUGUGUUUGACCUGAGGAAGUUCUCAGCUUCAGAGAAGGUUCUUCUGAGGCUGCUGCCAGUGGUCAAAGCCUCCAACAAAGCUCUGCUUGGUGGCUGUAACCUCUCAGAAGAAAGCUGUAAAUAUUUGUCCACAGUUCUCAGCUCACAGUCCUCCAGUCUAAGAGAGUUGGACUUGAGUAACAACGACCUGUUCGAUACAGGAGUGGAGUUUCUAUCGGAAGGGCUGAAGAGUCCACAGUGCAAACUGGACAUUCUAAGGUUGUCAGGCUGUCUAAUAACAGAAGAGAGCUACCAUUCUCUGGCCACAGCACUGAGCUCCAACUACUGCCAUCUGAGAGAGUUGGACCUGAGCUUCAAUCAUUUAGGAGCCUCAGCAGAAAAACUUCUGUCAGAUAACAGGGAAAAUUCAGAAUGGAGACUGGAAACACUCAGACUGAAGCCUGCAGGAGGAAAAUGGUUGUCAAAAGGUUUGAAAAAAUAUUCCUGUAACUUCACAAUUGACACAAACACAGUAAGCAAAGAUCUCAUACUAUCUGACCGAAACAGGAGGGCAACAAAUGGGGAAGUGGACAAUCCAUAUCCUGAUGGUCCAGAGAGAUUUGAUGUUCCUCAGUUGCUUUGUCCAAAUAUAAAGGAAAACCGUUGUUACUGGGAGGUCAAAUGGAAAGGCGAGGUUUUCAUAUCUGUGAGUUACAAAGGAAUUAGCAGGAAAGGAGACAGUGAUGACUGUGUAUUAGGAGGGAAUAAUCAGUCCUGGAGUCUAAGCUGCUCUGAUGAUGAUGGUUACUCUGUCUGGCACAAUAAUGAGAAAACACCCUGCACCUCCUCCUCUGUCUUUGAAAAAGUAGCAGUGUAUGUGGAUUGUGAUGCUGGUAUUCUGUCCUUCUAUUGUGUCUCCUCUGACAAACUGUUCCACCUCCACACCUUCAACACAUCGUUUACUGAACUUCUGCAUCCUGGGUUUGCAGUAUGGACUCCCGGUUCCACUGUGCUCCUGUGUUGAGAGUAAAAACCUCCUCCUGUCAGAGAAGUCUUUUGACACUUAUCUAACGACAAAAAAGUCUGUCUUCAAGAGCUCGAAGGAAAAAAAAGAUUUUUCCAGAUGUGUGACUGUUUAAUGGUAUUUUUUACCAUUGUUGACCAAAAAAGAUAAGCAGUUCCUGGAAGAUUAACAAGAGAACCCAGACAGCACCGUACUUUAAUGACGAUUGUUUAAAAUUACAGAUGUAUUGCUUUCAGUGUUGAGAAUAAAUGUGUGUCACUAAACUAUAUCAACAGGUCAUUUUUACAUCAAACUGGAUAUUUUAUGUAACAUGUUUUAUGUAAAAAUGUCUAACAGGGAAAGAAUUACUUUAGACAUCUAGUUAUACUAUAAGUUUUGAUUUUAACUGUGUAACUUACUAUAUAUCUUAUAUUUUGAUCACUAUGUGGUGUCUUUACUUUUCUCUAUAAGUGGUGUUUCCUAAAAUGUCCUAUGAUUGUUGGUUAACUGAAAUUAUGUCUCAUUAACAAAUGUAUAAAACAAAGAAUGAUGAUCAGGUAUUGUUCCAGUAGAAAAACUACUGUAUAAGCUCGUUAAAAUUGCAAUAUGUAAACUGAGCAUGUUUCCUAAUUACAAUUUUGCAAAUAUUUUUAUUAUGUUUUUAGUUUUCUAACUGUCUUUUUAUCUUUUCAUACACACACAUACAUAUACAUAAUUAGAUUUUUUAUUACUAUUAUUUCAUUAUGUUCUAAAACUUAAAAAAGUACACAGUUUAGGACUGGGUGGAGAUUAGUUUAGAUUUUUUUCAAUUCGUAAAAUAGUAUAAGUAGGCAAAGUCAAUCUCUAGAUAGAUAGAACACACAACAGUAUAACUACUUGAAAAUGUUCAAGAAAUGUGUAAAUGCGAUUGUGCCCAUAUUUGAGAAUAAAACAUGUCUAAAUCA